AUGGGUCUUUGCAUGUUGCCACCUCCUUGCCAAGUAGGUGUGUGCCAGAUCAUGAGCAAAUCGUCUUUUGUACGCGGAACAUGCCGUCGCGCCAAUUUCUCUGAUACUGGUAGGGUUUGGAUCUAUGACCUUGGGAUCGGGCGCGUGUCGCUGUCUGAACAUUGGCGUGCGUCUGGGAAAGUGAUUUGGUUUGUCAAUUUGCCGACCCCCGUGAUGUUCCCUCUGAUGCUCCUGAGCCCGGCAUUGAGAGGCCACCCUGGGUUGAUUUGCACUUGCUUCCCGAUGCUCUCGCCCAGCUGCACCAGACCUUCACCAGCACCAAAGACGCUUCUCUCUUGCCCACCCUCGUACGCGACUCCAUCCACCGUUACCUUCUCGACGAUGAACAAGAACACAGAACAAGAACAUCUGGACUCUGUGUUCAAGCAAAAACGAGCGCUCCGAUCUAGGGUUCGCAAGACCCUCAAGGCUAUGGAGCCUGACCUCAGAUCCCAAGAAGACAAUGCCAUUCAGAGUAUUAUUUUGGAAUCUCCAUGGUUUAAAUCUAGUAGGAGAUUGUGUGCCUAUAUAAGCUGUAGUGCUUUGCGGGAAGUUGACACAUCAAAAUUAUUGUCUGAAACUCUGUCAAAUCCAACUGGAGAUGGCCACACACACAGAGGAAAAAUACUUUAUGUUCCACGCGUGGAGGACAAGAAUUGUCACAUGCGCAUGCUAAGAAUCUCAUGUAUUGAUGAUCUUGUUGCAAAUUCAAUGGACAUCUUAGAACCAGCUCCAGUGGAUAGUGAUGGAAACGAACGUGAAGAUGUUAUUCUAGCAAAUGAGCCAGUUGAUUUGUUCCUCUUGCCUGGACUAGCAUUUGACAGAUCUGGAAGGCGCCUGGGUCGUGGUGGAGGUUAUUAUGAUACCUUCCUGAAGAAAUACCAAGAGCUUGCAAAGGCAAGGGAUUGGAAGCAACCCCUCCUUGUUGUGCUGUCAUAUUCUGUGCAAAUAAUGGAUGAAGGAGUUAUAACAGUCACUCCAAAUGACAUUCUUGUGGAUGCUCUUGUAUCCCCAAUCGAUGUGAUUCCUAUUUGCCAAGCUGCCUUAGACAGUCAAGUAUGUACAGGAUGAAGCUUUGACAUGCAUUUGGAAGUUGGUAACCAAACCAGUUGAUUGCU